AUGGUGAGGUCAGGGGAUGGCUCAGAUAAUAGAAACGCCAGCUGUGACCUUGACCUCUCCAAGAGUCCUCCCAUUGAGAUAAAAGCGUUGUUUUCUCAGCCCAAGGAUGCUGGCUUCUCACGUAGCCAGGAUAUCAGCAGUCCUCUGGCCAGCUUCUCCACUGCUGGGAACACGUUCCUCACUCCCAACCCCACUGUUGAGGAGAAGACUUUCUGUGUACCGGGGAAUGUGAACCUAAGUGCUGAAAAGCAGGGCCAGAUUAAGAUGUACAUCAGCCAAGUGUGCCUCGAGACUGUGUCUCGUGGCUGCCCCUCAUUUCUGCAGCAGGCAGGAUUAAAUUUGUUAAUAAGCAUGACAGCUAUUAGUCACAUGCUUGCCAAAUCCGUUUCAGACAUGAGGUUUCCUUUCCUAUCAGAGGAAAGUGGCUGUGCUAAGGCUCAGGUUCUGAAACGGCUAAUGAAUUUGUCUGAAACGCCAGCCUUGGCAGGGGGGUGGCUCGAGGCCCACGGGCUGCUGUCAUCCUUGCCCCUCUUUAUCAGAAAUGGAAACACGGAGAGUCUCCUGGAUGCCCUGGGCCCUUAA